AUGGAAGAAGGUACCCAGCCAAUCUCUGAGUGGGAGAAACUUAUUGGCCCAGAAAAACGUGUAUAUGAUGCAGCCAAGAAGCUAUGGGAUCGUCCAACUCCCAUUCAACAGACCGCAAUUCCACCAGCGUUGCAAGGCAAAGAUAUUCUCGCUAAAGCACGAACAGGCAGUGGUAAAACCGCCGCCUACAUCAUUCCAAUUCUCAUCGGCUUAUCAAGAUCACCUUUACCUCUAAAUUUCAAAGCAUUAAUUUUAGUGCCAACUCGUGAGCUGUGCAAGCAAGUCAAAAGCCAGUUCGACGAGCUUGCCCACUACUGCAGAAUCACCUCUGCCCAUCUCGGCGAAGAUGUUUCCGCAGCGACACAAAAAGUCACAUUAGCAGCGAACCCUCCAGCAGUAUUGAUCGGUACUCCAGCACGUGUCUCAGCGCUCGAGAGCAUGGACUUCUUCAAAAACGUACAAUUUUUGGUCGUAGAUGAAGCAGACCAACAGCUUGGCUUUGACCACGGAGCUGAUAUCGAAGCAAUCAUCAGCAAGUUACCACCAACACGCCAGUCAUUCUUAAUGUCAGCCACACUCGAGAAAAACGUCCAAGAACUUACAAAAUUGGUUUUGAAUAACCCAGUUUUCGUAGAUGUCACUGAAGAGCAGCAGCAAUCGCUCCUCCAGCACUACUUCAUAAACGUAACAGAGGAUAACAGAUAUAUGGUCCUUUACACUCUUAUUCAAAUCGGAAGACUCGGAAAGAGAAUUUUGUUAUUUGUCAACAGUAUCAAUCGCGGCUUCAAACUAUGCUUAUUCUUAGAACGUAUGCAUAUCAAGAGUAGCGUUCUUAACUCGCAAUUACCUGUUGCUUCUCGUAUAUCAAUUCUCGAAUCAUUUAAUCACGGAAAAGUUGAUGUUCUUGUUGCAAUUGACGAAGGCGAUGAUGACGUGCUUGCAGAGUUCUCUGCAGCUCGUGGCGUCGACUUCCAAAACUUGCAUUCGGUUGUCAACUUCGAUAUUCCUCUCAAAUACGAUCAAUACGUCCACAGAGUAGGUAGAACAGCCCGUGGAAACCGUGAAGGUAUGGCUGUUACCUUCGUAGGCGUAAACGAAAACAUUAAUCAGAUCGGAGAAUCCCUUGCUGCAGAUAACCAGACAUUAGCACCUCUCGACUUCGAUACAAAGAGCGCGGAAGGCUUCAGAUACCGCGUUAACUCCGUUCUCGAGUCAAUUACCCGUCAUCAGAUCAAAGAAGCCCAGAAAAUAUACAUUAAGCGUGAAAUCCUCAACGCUGAGAAGCUCAAAUCCCAUUUCGAAGAGAAUCCUAAAGAUCUGCAGAUUCUCAAACACGAUACAACUUUAAUUCCAGAAAAAGUGAACCCAGCUCUCAGACAGAUACCAGAUUACCUCGCAAAAGACGUGAAGCGUCUCGCGCACCCUCUAACUCAGAAGGUUAAAGACAGAAACAGACUGAAUAAGAGGCUUGGAAACGUUGGAUCGCUUAAUGAAGCUAUAAAGAAGCGAAAGAAGAUGGAGUUCAAGAAGAAGAAACAUGAGGAAAAGAAGGCCAAGCAAGGAAAAUAG